GGAUCAUUGUGCCAAUGAUGAUUUAAUUGUCCCUAUUUCAAUAAUACAAGUUCGUCUUCUCUAUUGAUAGAAACCCGUGGGUCUAUUUAUUGAAAUUUACUACCAGCGACCUGUCUGGAUCUGGUGUUUUUGUUGUGGAACGUCAACGCUGAACAUGUUAAAUGGCGAGUAACAACCCCCAGAAGGAAUAUUACAACCGGAAUAUGAAAGACAUAACCAUGGAAAUGGUAAAAGAUGCUGAAGUUGGCGAUUAUGUCGGCGACAAAAACAUGCAGAAAAAGAGAGCAAGAUUUAAAGAGAUUCUGACCGAGCAUGCCAUGAUGGCUACUGUCCAUGGAGUGGCGCAUAUUAUUGUUGCCAAGCAGACAUACAAGAAGAUUCUGUGGAUAACUCUUUGGCUGUUGACCGUUGGAGCCCUCUGUUACCAGAUUUUUAAAUUAUCGUCUCUGUUUCUUUCCCGACCGAAGCAAACGUCAUUAGAUUUGAAAUUUGGAGCGUUGCAUUUUCCUGCAGUUUCUUUUUGCAACAUCAACCCUUUGAAAAAGAUGCAACUUGAUGAACUUUCCAUUCCGUUGAAAUUUUUUAUGACGUUAUCAGAAGUAGAGUUAAAAGAAAAAUCCAAACGGGACCAGCCCAUAAUUAUGGAUAAAAAUAACCCAGAGUUUCCAUUCCUGAGGAAGUUUGAGAAAUAUGGCAUUGCUAAAGAAGAAUGGGAUCUCGCAAAGAACAUUCCGGACAACCAUUUUCAAGUUCGGAAUAUGCUUGUCUCUGAUUUAAUACAAAAAAUGGAUGCAAGCGAAUUGUUGAGAGUUGGCCAUUCGCUUGACGAUAUGCUGCUUCAUUGCUCCUUCAACUCGAGGCGUUGCAAUUCGAGUGAUUUUGCGCACUUCAAGAGUGGUCGUUUUGGAAACUGCUACACACUGCAAUCCGAUAGAUUUGUCUCUACAGUACCAGGUCCAUCCCAUGGUCUUACACUGAUGCUGAACCUUGAUUCGCAUGAAUACGUGAGUCCGUACAGCAGUGGACACGGACUAAAGCUCGUGGUGCAUGAACCGGGCACAUAUCCAUUUAUUGAAGAACAGGGAGUGACUUUAGCACCAGAUUGGACAUUCAUCAGUCUCAAGCAGAAAAAAAUAAACAGACUUGGACAUCCACAUGGGAACUGCGAAAAGCACCUUGAAUACAAAAGCAAAUACGGGAUAACAUAUACAAGAAUGGCAUGUGAACAGAUUUGUCUUAUCACCCUGACGGAAGACAUAUGUGACUGUACAACGGGUUUCGUGUCUAUCGACAAAUCGAUAGUUACCAACUCAACAUCAACAUGCAGUUCAGUUAAUGAAGUGUGUUCCUUAUUGGUACUGAAAGCGCAAUUGAAGGGUGAUCUUCAUUGUCCAUGCACCAAUCCCUGCAGCGAGACCCACUUCUCUACCACUGUAUCAAGUCUUAGAUGGCCACAUGAAGAAUACAUGACGAAUGAGCUAGUCAAUCUAAUGUGUCAGGAAGAAAUCCAAGCUAUGAAAAUAAAGAACGUGACGGGCCAUGACUGCAUUGAAAUAAUGAACGGCACAACCAAUGGGUCAAUUAACACAGAGAGACUCGUGGACAACUUUUUGAAAUUAGAUCUCUACUUCGAGGAACUAAGCUACGAACACGUUGGAGAAGUCCCGGCAUAUGAUAGCGUCCAGUUUUUGUCAGAUAUAGGUGGUACUGUUGGUCUGUUUGUCGGCGCAUCCGUCCUGAGUGGAGUAGAACUUAUCCAAAUUCUGGUUGAUUGCAUCCGGUAUUUCAUGUUCCGAAUCAUGAACAAAUGAUGUUCGUUUAAACGGAAAUGUGCAAGUUUAUAAAACAACUGAAUUUCAGUUUCGAAUCGUUGCAUUUAUCUCUAAGAGGAAUUAAAAUAAGAAACAUUUAAAACUGAUUUGCUUCAGAAUGCUUGAAUGAAUGUAUUAAAGAAAUG